GCAAGAGAUAAAGUCUUGCCAAACAAAAAACAGAAAGCUUGUGGAUCUGUAGUGGUGAAGUCGAGGCUGUAAGAUGGUGUCUCUAGCGUGAUCUGUCGGCCCCACUUUUAGCCAUUUAACGCGGGUCGCGUCUCUCGAACGCGUCGUGCGAUGUCUGGCGCAGCAAUCACCAGUUUACAGUAUCAUGGCCUCAGAACAGCGAUUGCGUAGCCGGCAGGCUCAUGCCCCCGGCGCAACUUACCUUGCCUACACACCGAACGGAAAGAAACUCAUAACGGCCGGAGUCGACAACUACUGCCGUGUUUUCACGACUGGGUCUGAUGAUGAGCCUAUCACUGUAGACGAUUGCCAGGAGAACAAUGCGGCGGUUGUGGCUGGCAAUGGCUUCUUCAUUACCGGUUCGGAAGACGGCACAGUGAGCAAGUACUCGCUGGAAGGCAACAAGUUCGAGGAGAUUCUGGUCAGGACGACAUUGCCCGUGCGAGAUGUGGCCUUGAGCCCUGACGGAAACUGGAUCGCUGUCGCGAGCGAUGAGCUCUCAGUAAACGUCGUGAGCACGAAAGACAUGACAAAGGUCCGGACGCUACGCGAUCAGCCACGUGCAGUCAAACACGUCUCGUUCGACAAGAAGGGCGAGCACCUGGCUGUCUCCUGUACCGACGGCAAUAUCUACAUAUACAGUCUCGACGAAGACGAACCCGAGAUGGUCAAGAAGGUGGAUGGCAUGAUCAAAAGCUUGGAGACAGAGUCUGAGUCGAGCUCAAAAGUGCUAUGGCAUCCCGAUGGAAGGGCUUUUGCUACACCCACUGCGCUCCGCGAUGUGCAGGUUAUGUCUACAAAUGAUUGGGCACGGCAGCGAGUCUUCAAGACGGGUCACACAGCGGACAUCACAGCAGCAGCCUGGUCACCCAAUGGUGCUCUUUUGGCAACGACUUCGAAUGAUCUGAACCUCAAGCUGUGGGACACAAAGACACAAAAACUGCUGAAGACGUUCGACGAUGUUAAGGCAACGAUUCUUGCCAUGGUCUGGCACCCCAGCGAGAACAUCCUAUCGUACACCAACAACGAGGGCGAACUGUUCAUUCACACAGACUUCGUACCAGGAGAGCACCUUCCACUACUCAACAGAUCGACCGUCUCUGCACCCUUCUUCCACGACCCGUCGGAGGGCCGAGCUGGGCUUGCAUCUGCACCUCAGGCGAAUGGCACAACACGAGAACUGCCUGGACGACCGCGGCAAAGAGACGGCACUCCUGACUCCUUGGAUGACCUUCUUGGUCCUGACUUCAGGGACGACGAAGCGAGGGAUGACGGCGAUGAGGAUAUGGAAGACUUUGUCGUUGACGACGACGGUGCAGGAUACGCACAAGCAGUCAACGGUCACGGAAAGCGUACAAAUGGCCACCUCAACAGUGUUGAGCCUUCGGCCAAGAAGCGUGCUACCGCCAGUGCACUCUUCCGUCCGCAGAUCCACGAGCCAUUUCAGCCAGGUAGUACACCCUGGAGAGGCAACAGGCGACUGCUCUGCUGUUCUUUGACUGGAAAUGUCGAGACUGUUUCUCAAGAAGGCCGGCAUCACACCGUCACCGUCAACUUCUACGACCAGCACACCUUCCGCAACUUCCACUUCACAGAUAUCUUCCUCUACGAUAAGGCAUGCCUAAACGAGAAUGGAACACUGUUCGCAUGCCAAUCCAACAGCGCCGGCGAUGGAAACCCAGCAAUGAUCUACUACCGCCCACACGAGACAUGGACAACACGAACAGACUGGCGCACCAACCUCCCAACCGGCGAGUCUGUGACCGCCAUCGCCCUUUCCGACUCCUACAUCUGCGUGACAACCAGUACAAACUACGUCCGCAUCUACUCUCUCUUCGGCCUGCCCAUCCGUGUCUACCGCCAAAAGUCCUCACCAGCCGUAACCUGUGCCGCCUGGCGCGACUACAUCCUCACCAUCGGCAACGGGCCCAUCCAGUCCGACCUGUCCACACAACUGCUCUACACAAUCGAGAACGUCAAGCACGACACCAUAUACCAAGACUCUGACAUCCUCGCACUCCCACCAAACACCACACUGGACUCAGUAUUUUUCUCUGCUUCAGGGGAUCCGUACAUCUACGAUUCCUCAGGUGUGCUCCUCACACUGCUGAACUGGCGCACCAACGGGCAAGCGCGCUGGGUCCCCAUGCUGGACACAAAAUGCCUCUUGCGCCUGGCGACAGGCGGGAAAGAGGAAUCUUACUGGCCCGUGGGCGUCGCUUUCGACAGCGCGGGGGUCUCGAAAUUCCACUGCAUGAUCAUCAAGGGCCGUGAAAAAUACCCCAGCGCACCAGUUCCACACCUCAGCGAGUUCUCCUUCCAAAUCCCGCUCUCAAGCGCCAGCGAUCGCAAAAAGACCAUCGCCUCGCUCGAGAACGAGGAACUGAGCGACGACGAAGAAAGCACCGGCAAGAAGGGUGAAAACAAACAGCAAGAACACGAACAAUCCUUCAUUCUCUCCUCAACGCUGCACGCCCAGCUCUCCUCAACACUAACCCACACGCGGCCCUCGCUGAGUCAAAAACAAGACCUCACAAACCUGGAAGUCGCAAUCGACCGUGCGCUGCUGCAGCUUCUGGGGCUGGAAUGUCUGGCGGGCGAGGAUCACGGGAUGAAGGCGCUAGAGAUUGUGAGUUUGAUGCGAGAUGCGAAUGGCAAGAUGUUGGAUCUUGCUGGGAAGGUUGCGAGUCGAUAUGGGAGAGAUGUGUUGGGGGAGAAGAUUAGGGAACUUGCGGAGAAGAGGGCUGCUGGGGGUGAUGACGAGGAUGAGGAUGAGUACGCUUGAGGCGUUGUUCGAGGGAAGAUUGCAUAAUUGAUUUGUUUAGCGUGAUAUGAGCGAGUUCGCUGUUGAAUCCACGUGAUCUUACAAU